AUGGGGAAAAGGAAAUAUAAUGUUGAAUCUUCAGAAGAAGAAAGAAAAAAUGAUUAUGAGAAGGAUAAUUUUGUUGUGGACUCAUCCUAAAUAUCAUCAGAUGAGUUAUAAGAGGAGUAAUAUAUAAAUUAAUAGUUUAAAGUUAGGACGAUUCAUUUAAUGAAGAAUUAUCAGAUGAUGAUAGGAUUUUGAUUGAAGAAAUUAAGAUGGUGAUAAAUUAAAGGUGUCUAUAGAAGAUAGAAAAGGAAUAUGAUGAAGUAGAAUUAAAAGAUACUCCAGUAGAUCAAUUUUCACAGGGGCAGAUUGAUGAGAAUGAGUAAAAUGAGUUAAUAAAUAAAUUGUUUGAUCCAAGUUAAAGAGAAAUGGCAUUCUUGAACGAAAAUGAUGAAGAGAUACUUAAAUAGGAUGUGCCUGAAUCAAUUUAAAUUACUUAUAUGAAGAUGACUAAUGGUUAGAUAAUGUAAAAUGCAAGAGAAGAAGCUUCUCUAGAAUUAUUGAAAUGGAUUGGAGAAUAAAUAUCUACUCAGUUCGAUUUAAAAUAUUUAGUUGAUAUUUUGUUUGGAAUAAAACUAAUUUUGGAAUUCUAUAGAUAAAAGAACUUAGAUAUAAUGUAUAUUUAUACUUACAAACGUCAUCUCAUAACUUCAAAAUUGCAGUUGGAACAUUAUUGGAAAAUAAGGGAACUAGAUUAUGAAUGGGAACACUUUAGUAAUUUUAAGAAUAGGAUAGAGAAGUUAAUUGACUCUAUUCCUGAUGAAUAUUAAAAAUAAAUAGACACAGCCAAUAUGUAUUUAAAGAAGUCUAAAUAAAUAGAGGAUUUGUAGAAUUUGAAGGAUUACAUAGAUUAUAUAAUUAUGAAACAUAAUUGCAAGAGGAUAGUAUAUUUGGAAUAGGAAUUAUUGAGAGAGAAUUAGGAGAAACAAUUAUUGGGUUAGAGAAUGAACUAAGAUUAAACAAUGGAAUUAGAAUAAGAAUAUCUGACCUUUAAAAUUGAUAAUAUUCUUAAAGAAUUAGAGAAUCUUAAUUUAAAUAGUAAAAUGAAGCCUCAUACAAUGGAGAAGGAUAUGUUAGAGUGAGAUAGAAAGUGGAUUAAGUAGCAUUGAAGUUUUGUUAUACUUCAGAUGAAUUCUUCAUCAAAUUGUAAGGAAAGAGUGUAUAAGUGGAUAGAAAGUUCAUAGAAGAUUUGAAGGAAUUAUGGAAUCAUCAAAUAGAGACUGCAGAGUUUUAAUCAUAAAAUUCCACUUCUCAAUAUAUCAAGUUAUUAUAAAGGUAUUUGAUGAUGGACCUCUAUCAUCAUCCCUUCAUUAGAAAUUUUAUAAAUUAACUAUAUAGAGAUCAUCUACUUAUUUCAACAGAACCAACUUAAUUAGGUAAUAGAGAAAUUACAGUUGUGAAUUACUUUUAUCCAGUUAAGAGAAUUAAAAAUAGAUAAUAUAAAUAUAUGGAAGAUCAAAUUUGGAUGUAAUGUCUUAGAGCAGAAUAAUUGGGAUAUAUUAAAAUUAAUUUUUCAAUCUCAGAAGAUAAAGUUCACAAAAAAGAAAAGAUUCCAAGAGAUGAUAUAAUGGUUUUAUUGUGUGAUUAAUUUGCAAAUAUAGAUGAUUCCUAAAAAGAGCCAGAAAAUAUUAUUAAAUUUAGAGAUCUCAUGCUUAGAGGUAUUUUACAAGAAAUAUUGUAUCCUAUUUUAGAAAGAUAAAUUAAAUAUAAUUUGAAAUCUCUUUCAUCCAAACAUAUUGUGAGAAUGUGUUAAUAAAAAUUCAAAUAACUUAUUAAUAAACAACCUCAUAUGAGUUAAGUUGGAAAUAAUUAAUAAAUGUAAUAAACUACUAAUCCUGAUGUCAAAAUCAUGUCUUUAGUUAUUGGAUAAGAAUAAACAGAUAGCAAUGUACUCAAAGCUGAUUCUCAAGAUUGUUCAAUAUAAAAUAAAUAUAUUGGAAUGUCAAUUAUAGAUUAUAAAGGUGAAUAAUAGGCACUCCAAAUCUUUAAUUAUUUGACCUAAGAUGAAAGGAGAACUGAAAUGCUUGAAUAAAUCAGAAAUGAAUAAGCUUUAUUGGAUAAUUUCUUUGUAAAAUAUAAACCAGAUCUUAUUGUCAUCUCUGCUAAUCACUCUGAUUGUUUGAAAUUAAGAAAUAAUUUACUUAAGAAAUAUUAAUAGACAUCUUCUGUUAGGAUUACUUUGGCAGAUUCAUAAAUCUCAAGAAUUUAUAGUAUGAGUGAAAAGAGUAAUUUAUAAUUACCAGACAUACCUUAAAUUUUGAAAGAGGCUAUUUCUUUGGCCAGAUAUAAACUUAAUCCAAUGGCCGAAGUCUUAAAUCUAUGGAGUGAUUCAAUUGAUAAAAAUGGUUGUUUACAUCUCGAUUUACAUCCUCUUUAAUCUAUGGUAAGUUAAUAAGUAUUACUUGAUGCUUUAAAACAAACUGCCACUGAAAUUGUCAAUUAAGUUGGAGUUGAUUUAGUUGAUUGUACUCUACAUAAACAUUUGGCAGAUUAAAUGUAAUUCAUCAAUGGUUUAGGAAGAAGAUAAGCCAAACAUUUAUUAACUAUGGUCAAAGGUCUAUUAAGUCAGAGUCUCUUUAAUAAUUAUUAUGAAGAUGAAAGAUUAAUCUAUUCCAAAUUAGAAUAAGAUUAAAAUUAAUACAUAUAAAUCUAAAGAUAAGAUAUCCUAAAAACAUUAAUUUUGAAGGAAGUUUGUAUUCGAAAAUGUUUAAGGAUUUAUUAAAAUUCAAAGAGGCAUUUAACCAUUAGACAUAACUAGAAUGUAAAUUAAAAUGUAUUCUGUUGCUGUACAUAUAGCCAAUUGUGCUUUUGAAUUUAAAGGUAGAAAUGAUAGAUAAAAUACUAUUGUUAGAGAAUUGAUGAAAUAACCUUAAAAGAUGGAAGAUCUCUUGAUAGAAGAAUGGGCUAAAUUAACAGAACAGAGGGAUGGAAGUAAAAAUUUUACUUUAGUAGCUCAAUUCAUUAAAGAAGAAUUGGAAAAUCCUUUCUUUUAUAAAUUUGAUACUUCAAAUACGGAGAUGAGUAAUUCUGAGAUAUUCUAUGCUAUCACUUAAGAAUCUCAAUAUACAUUCCGUUAAAACAGUAUUGUUUAAGGAUCAAUUAUUAAAUAAAUAGAAGGUCAAGACAAUUGUAAGAUUAGUGAUAAUUACUAAUAAAAUUAUCACAUAAUGGUUUAUAUGGUGCUCUAUAUUAAUAAGAUAUGUUAGAUUAAGAAUUUAGAAUUGGGUAAAUUAUUAAAGUCUAUGUGAA